AUGGCAGAGGAAAUUGAGCCUCACAUAGCUAGAAAAUUUGAAAUAAUUUAAAAAUUAGGAAAAGGAGCGUAUGGCAUAGUGUGGAAAGCAGUUGAUAAGAAAUUAAAAACGGUAAGAAGUUGAUUUUUAAAUUUCCAAAAGGUUGUUGCAUUAAAAAAAGUUUUUGAUGCAUUCCAUAAUGCAACAGAUGCUUAAAGAACUUUUCGAGAGAUUAUGUUUUUGUAGGAAUUAAAUGGCCACGAGAACAUCGUUAGGCUUCUUAAUAUAAUCAAAGCAGAAAAUAAUAAAGAUAUCUAUUUGGUGUUUGAUUACAUGGAAACAGAUUUGCAUGCAGUUAUUGUAUUAUUAUUUUGCUUAAAUAGCGUGCUGGAAUUUUAGAGGAAGUGCAUAAGAAAUUUAUUAUUUAUUAAAUUUUGAAAUCUCUCAAAUACAUACAUUCUGGUGAAUUAAUUCAUAGAGAUCUUAAACCAUCAAAUAUUUUACUUAAUUCAGAAUGUUAAAUGAAAUUAGCAGAUUUUGGAUUAGCUAGAAGUAUAGCAAUAAAUGAAGAAGAUACUAGUACAUUUAUAAAUUCUAUACAAAAGCUCCACCUAUUUUGACUGAAUAUGUUGCCACCAGAUGGUAUAGAGCUCCUGAAAUUCUACUAGGAUCUACAAAUUAUACUAAAGCAGUUGAUAUGUGGAGUAUAGGAUGUAUACUUGGAGAACUUGUGACAGGUAAGGCAAUUUUUCCAGGAACUUCUACUGCUAAUUAGAUUGAAAGAAUUUUAGAAUUAAAUGGAAAACCCUCUGAUUAAGAUGUUGAAGCAUUAGAAUCACCUCUAGCUGCUCAUAUUUUAUCUUCUGUAAGUAUUACUAAAAAGAAAUCCUUUUAAUAAUUCUUUCAAAGUGCUAGUGAUGAUUGCUUAGAUUUAUUGAGAAGGUAAAUCAACCUUUAAAUUUAGGUUAUUGGUUUUUAAUCCAAAAAUGAGAUUAACUGUUGAUUAAGCAAUUAGACACAAGUAUGUCAAAGAAUUCUCGUCUCCUGAAGAAGAAAUUGUUUGUUAAGAACCAAUCAAAAUACCUAUGAAUGAUAAUAAGAAAUUCUCGAUUAAAGAAUAUCGUGAAGCUUUAUACAAUGAUAUUAAUAGAAGAAAAAAAGAGUAAAGAAAGAAGUGGCAAGCGAAAUACUUACAAUAGUUAGGAAUGAAUCCUGAUGAAUUGAUAGAUGGUAAUCAAUUUAUCAAUUCAGGAGAACAACAAUAAUAAUCUGCUUCAUUCUUUUAAAAAUCAGGAAAAGUCGAAAAUCAUAAUAAUUCUUAGAAUAGUUCUCAGGUAGUUUAAAAAUCCAACAUUGAAGAAAUUCAAUAAAUUAUUAGAUAAUAACAAAUAUAAUCAUAGCAGUUAAAGAAAUCAUAGAGUUAGGCUACUGUCUAACCUGCUUAAAAAUUGACAAGUCAAAAAAGCGCAUCCAAUAUAGUGGCAUAAAUUUAUAAUAAUUUCUAAGGUCAAGAUUCAAAAUUUCAUUAAUAGUAAUAGUUUUUGCAACAAUAAUUGUAACAACUCCAGCAGAAAUCCCUCAAAAAAAAGACAUGAUAU